GAUAUCAUGCCUCCAAAAAAUCGUCCAACCACCACUAAUACCACUGACGAGCCAUUGGCUAAACGUCAUCGACAUGAAGCAUCAGCAACAGUUCGUAAUAAUAAUGAAACAACGUUAACCAAACAAAAAGAAGAGGAAAUGUCGUCAGCGUAUAUUGCGCAGUUGUUGGCCGAGGAAGACGGAUAUAUGGAUGAGCACCCGUACUACACCGAGUAUCAUAGUAUUUUUUAUGAGCCACAUUACGAGUCAGAUAAUAUGGAACAGGAUGACGAUUAUACGCCUGGUGCUAGAAAUAAGCCAGUUAGUCGAAGUAAGAAAGCAGUGACAGGAAGCACGCGUGGUAGAAAACGCAAGGCACAACUCGAUUCCGAUAAUGCCGAUCAUAAUCUCGAAAAUCUUACCAACAAAUUGCCCGAGAAUACCGGCACAAUCGGCACUUUAGCAAAUGCACUCGAAAACAUGGCAUCGCAAAAGGAAUUUAAUGAUAACGCAAUACAUAAUAAACAGCAGCAGAUGGCGCCGCUGCCGGAAGCCACUACGAUUGACAAGCCAUUAACACAAGAAGCAUCAUCGUCGUCAUUCGUGAUGAUUGGAAAAGAAUUGGAAUUGAAACCACCAGCCAACCAAGAAUUGGAUAAAGGGAAUCAUCAAGAUCAAUCUUCUUUGCCCACAAAUGAGUCUCCAUCGUUGAUCGAAGUUGGAGAAGUAAAAAAGCGUAAAGAGAAAGUAGCAAGGCCAAAGAAUCCCGGUAUGAAUAGUGGGACUUAUACGGAGCGGGAAGAAUUUUUGUUCCUGGAAGCGUUGGAACGUUGGGGUCGCGAUUGGCAAAAACUUGCGGAACAUAUUGGAACUAGAGAUCCAAAUUCGAUAAGAAGUCAUGCUCAAAAACAUUUCAUCAAAUUGUUUCGCGAUGGAAUUCCUUUGCCACUUAAAGUUCAAGAAUCUGGUUGUGGCUAUACUUUAUCAGGAAAAGAUCUUGACCCCGAAUCUGCAGCGGCAAAACCAUAUCUUAGUAGAAUGAAGUCUCGAAACGAACUUCCUAUACAAACGGGCUCUGGCUCACCACCAUCUGGUACUACAACGCCUAAAAGCUCACAUGGGCCUCGUCCUGACGCACCAAUUCCAACGAGUGCGUCUACCACACCAAAUGGGAAAAAAGCUGUUCAAUCUUCAAAAAUCUCGAAAAUAAAGGAAGAGAAGGAAAAGAAAGCACCAAAGUUAUAUAAACGCAAAGAGCCAAGAAUCACACAAGAAGUCACCUCAUAUAGUUCUAAUAAUACUGAUAACGCUUAUGGUUCGGAUGGUCGAACAGAGUACGCCAAAAGCAGAUUGCGUAAUAUUAGAGAAAGGCCAUCUAUCAAUUUUACACAAAUUGAUGGUAAUGAGACUGAUCCUUUAACAAUGGUAAAAUGCGAACCUUUUUGCGGUGCCCCAAAUUCUAAUGUUCAUGGAUGCCAACCUUUUUCUAUUAUUGUGGAAUCGAAUGUCUUGCUUGCGAUGGAUUUCCAUGCACACCUUAUGCAGACCGAAAUUAUUGGAUUUUUGGCGGGACAUUGGCAUCCUGAGGAGAAGAAAUUAAUCAUCAAAGCAACAUUCCCAUGUCGUUCACUUGCGACAGGCCAAGACCAUGUGAACGUGGAGAUGGAUCCAACCUCAGAAACGGAAGUUCGUGAAGCCAUCCAGGCGCGCAACAUGCGAGUCGUUGGGUGGUAUCACUCGCAUCCUACUUUUGUUCCAGAUCCGUCAAUUGUGGAUAUUGAGAAUCAGAAAAACUAUCAAAAUCUUUUUCGAGAUGAAAAUAUGAAUGAGGAACCGUUUGUGGGUGCUAUUAUUGGUCCUUAUGAUCCAAAACUUCCGAGCUCUCUCUCAGUGAUUAAUUGGUAUUAUGUGAGCAACAAUUUUGAAGAACGCGGCCAACCGAAACAAUUGGCUUAUGAAUUGUUUAAUAAUGAUCAAUUCUCUAAACAAGAAGCCGAUGAGCUUCUAAAACUUGUUGAAGAAUAUCGCACGUCAAAAGAACGUGUAAAUUUCCAGGAAUAUUGGCGUAAAGAUAUCGAAGAAACAAAAUUGGACAAACUUAUCAAAUCACUUGGUCGGCGUAUGCCUUGGCUUUAUCCUGGCAAGAAACAGCAGCAAACAACUGGUAACCUUCACUUACCAAAUCAGUCUAUCGAAUCACCAUUACCACCACCUAAUUCAGAAUCUACCACAAGAAUCGAUGAGCACGAUCCAUCAUCAACAUUAACACCAUCGACUGAGGAAGGAGGUGAAGAUCUUAAAAAUCCUCAUUUGGCCGAUGAAAUUAACUUUGAUUCUAUGGCACUUGAUUCCUCUUUUAUGUCUAUUGAUUCAGAAGACGCCACGAUGCAGCCACAGCAACAAAUCUCUGGUGCAUUCACUGAUGAUUUCUUACGAAGGUGGUCACAUUAUCGACAUGCAUAUAACAUUUUAGAUUCUAGGAAAUUUUAUUUACACUUGACACGCUGUGAAUUCAGAAUUUCACCAAAAUGUGGUGGUCAUAUAUCAUCGCAAGGACAGCAACAAGAUAAUGCUGUUGGCGCGUCAUUACAGUCACAACCUCAAGGUCAGGUGAGAGGAGGACAAGGAAUCCCUGUUACUUCUAGUCCAAGCAUGCGAGGAAAGAAGGCAGCAAGAGGACGAGGACGUGGUAGUGGGAAUGGAGGGGCUGGGGCUGCAACUGGAGGUGGAGUUGUGAGUACAACACAAAUAAUGCCACAGCAAAUGAAUCAGCAGUUUUUACAACAACAGUCGGGCUUUCCACCACAUUUUACUCGUGGUCAAUCCGCAAUUUCACAAUAUAUUCCUCAACAGACAUACCAGCAUUUGCAACAGCAACCAGUUCGUCCUCCGUAUGGACCUUCAGUGCCAUCAACAAUGACACAAGCUCAAGUUGUUCGACAUCACCACUUUCAACAACAGUUGCAACAGCAACAGCAGCAGUCACAAAUGGCGCCUUCUAGUCCUCAAACUGCUCCAAUGACAACUCAACAGAAUGAAUUGUCAAAUCAAAUUCGAGAUAUUCGACAAAGGUUACAACAAUCUGAUUUAGCAUCUAAUGUCAGACAAACUUUAGAAAAUGAAUUGAAUGAAAAAACAAAAAUGUUUCAUGAAAUAUUGCAACAGAUUCAACAACAGCAACAAAAUUUACAACAGAUGCAACAACGACAACAACAAUUCCAACAAAUUCAACAGCAACAAAUUCAACAGGCGCAACAACAACAAAAACAAUCUCAACAACCAAUACAACAAGAUCAAGAAACUUCAUCGACAGUUAAAUCUAUAGCUCCUGGGCAUACAAUAGCAAUAAAAUCCGCAACUCAGACUUUACAACCUCAAUCUUCCGUAUCAACUCCAAUUAUAACACCCAAAACGGAAAUUUUGCAAAAACCAAUUGUUCAGCCAAAGCCACAACAGCCAAUAGCAAGUGCACCACCGCUUAAUACCUUACCUCCCACUUCCACAUCAACUGUAAUGACAAUGAACGCGCCCCUUCCUGCUCAUUCUACAAUUCCUCUAUCUUCUAAUAUGGAUAUAACAAGUGAUGAACUUGUAACAAGUCGAAAGAUUCAGGAUUUAGUUGCAGAGAUUGAUCCAAAUGAAAGAGUCCAUCCGGAUGUUGAAAAGCUUUUAUUAGAGAUUGCGGACGAAUUUAUUGAAUCAGUAGCUGAAGGCGGAGCUUUAUCCGCGAUACACAGGCGCUCUAAGCAAUUGGAAGUCAAAGAUGUGCAACUAUAUCUUGAUCGAAAUUUUAAUAUCAGAAUCCCAGGAUUUGCCUCGGAUGAAAUCAGAUCUGUACGGAAAAACAUAAUUCUAUCCAACCACGCUGCAAAACUUCAAGCCAUCAAUCAACAGCGUAGCGCAGUUCCACUUACAAACACUAAUCCCAUUAAUAAUAAUAUGAUCCAAGCAUCCAACAAGACACAGCCAAAGAAGCGUCCGCGAGAGGAACCAAUACAGGAUAUUAAAAAAAAAGCUAAAACUUAA